GGAAGAGGGAGAUCAAGAUGAAGAGAAACCAAAGUUUAAACCCACUGCACCAAAGAUCCCUGAGGGUGAGAAAGUGGAUUUUGAUGACAUCCAGAAGAAACGUCAAAACAAAGACCUGAUGGAGCUGCAGUCCCUCAUCGAUGCUCACUUUGAAUGCAGGAAGAAAGAGGAAGAAGAACUAAUCGCUCUCAAAGCGAGAAUCGAGAAACGUCGCUCUGAGCGAGCCGAACAGCAGAGAAUUCGUGCCGAGAAGGAUAAGGAGCGGCAGGCGAGGCGUGAGGCUGAGAGGCUCAGAAAGGAGGAGGCUGAAGCCCAAAGAAAGGCUGACGAUGAUCACAAGAAGAAGAUAGCUCUGUCCAGCAUGGGAUCAGGAGGGUUCACCAGCCAAAUGCAAAGGCUUGACCAGAGGAGAGGGAAGAAGCAGACUGAAAGAGAAAAGAAGAAGAAGGUUCUGGCAGAAAGAUGCAAACCUCUGAACACUGAAAAUUUCAACGAGGACAUGCUGAGGGAAAAGGCAAAGGAGCUUUGGGAUUGGCUGCACAGCUUGGAAGAAAUUAAGUACGACGACGAAGAGAAGCUGAAGCGACAGAGAUAUGAGGUCAUUUCUCUGAGAAACCGCAUUGACGAGAUGCAGAAACACAGCAAGAAGGGAGCUGCAAGUCGCCGCAGAAAGUGAGCGUCUCCUCGAUGCCAGUCAGGCCGGACACGGAGGAGCAGCAACCCGGAGCCUGACCGUAUCCACAGCUUCAGAAUCAAACCGUCAGCUGGAUAUCUUACUACCUGAGAGAAAAGUUUGGAUGACUUUAGCUCCAACAAAUAAAGGAAUGUUUUCCAGCAGUGUUUGUGUAAAUAUCAUGUGAGGCCAAUUCAAUAACGUGCCACAUUCAGUUCAAUAAAAAAAAUACAUCAUUCUCAAACC